AUGAAAGAUGAGUUCCAAUCCCGAGGAGGAAAAAGAUGCCCCCAAAGCAGUGCCCCUGGAUCUAGCCAGAAGUCAGAUUGCUAGUCUAAGGACUAUAGAUGGCAAGACGCCUCUUUUGAUGACCAAUCAGUCAUUAAGAAACAUGAGAGUUGUCGCCCAAGGAACUUCAAUCACCAACACAUCAAGCCUCGGCAGCCCAACGCUCAUCACCACAAAUCUUGUGUCACAAGCUGUUCUCAAACCAGACUCCACAAGGACACAAAUAACCAACAUAAUAGCAACCAAUCCAUCUCAGUCUCAAAUCACAGGGAAUAUAUCUAGACCCAACCAGAUCACACUUUCUGCUGCCCCACAGAGCAUAGGGACCUCCUAUCAUGUACCCCGAGGUCCUGCAGUUGUUGCCAAUCUAGCAGCUCCCAGGAGCACAGUGACCACAGUUCGUGCCCCCAUGGUGGUCACAGCCCAAGUGGGACAGACCCAUUCCUUUGUGAGACCCCCAAGAACACCAAGUCCAGCUCAAGGAACAGCCUGGUUGACAAGCAGUUCCACUGGCACUCAGAUCAAGGGAGCCCCAACAGUGCUGAGCUCCCCAGUCAGAGGUGCUACUGUGACUGGGAAGCCACAGAUCAUCAGCAGGGCUCAUCCACAGACAGUGUCUGCUAUCAGGCCUGGGACUAUUUUGCAAAAUGCUAUUUCAAUUGGGCAAUCUGGUCAGAUUCAUUCUUUCAAACCUGGAGUGACAGGGAUUCAAGCCUUGGGUAAUACAGUGACUAUAGCUCAAGUGCUUCCAAGUCGUACUCAGACAAUAGUCUAUGGUACUAAUACUACUGCACAGUUUACUCCAACAGCUAGAAUAACUGUUGCUAACCCUAAUCAGGGUCAGAGAACUCCACAGCCUAGGUCUUUGGGCCAAGUUACAACUACAAGAUUGACAGUUCCAGUGAAUGUUUCCCAAUCAGGUACACGUUUAGUUGCCCCCCAAGCAACUGUACUAGCUUCUGGCACCAGAAUUUCCACCAUUCCCACAAAUUCCGGUUCUGUAGGUAGGAUUGUCACUACUCAGCCAAAUGUCAAUUUGGGCCGGCUGUCAGUGGCUGCAGCUUCACCCACGGCUGUUUCAAGUACUAAUAUUCUGGGUCAAACAAGGAUAUCCACCUUGAAUUUGCAUUCUUUAGUGGUGGCAAACAGCUCACAAGCUAGGAGUAUUCCAGCUCAGGGUGCAAAGGUUAUUACACAACCUGCACCAGGUACUAUACAUUUAACGCCACUGGCGACGCCCGUUAAAACGACAGCCAGCAUUGUAUCUACAACUCCUAGAACAAUAAGUGUUCCAGCUGCCAUAGUAACACAACAAAGACAAGCCUCUCUGGUGCCAUCUCAAGCCAUAUCCAUUGCCAAAGUUUUUCCACAGUCUGACAGCCAAGGGGCCGGCGGCUCCUCUACUAAUGUCUUCAUCCAUGCUCCUGUUCAGUCGACUGUCAGACGGUCAUCGCCUAGCCCCAGUCCCUACUCCCUGCACCCCACUCCCAGCGGAGCCUAUUUCUACGAAACACCCUCGCAACAGCAGGGUAGGCCGUUCUCGCAAGGGCAGACUUUUGGUCCGUCACCGCAACAACAGGCUUCCGCGCAGGCGCUCAGUAAAACCAACGUGAACGCCCAGGUGCACGGCAUCCUCGCCAACCAACAGAUGCGUUUCAACCCCGUCAUGGCGGCGGAACAGCCCCGCGUGGCUGCCCUGACGCAGGCGCCAAGCUCCGCCCACUCGCAGCAGUUCCCGUCUCUCGACCACGCCCCCGUCGUCGACCACGCCCCGAAGGUGUCGUCGUCGCCGCGGCCGAGCAUCCUGCGCAAGCGCGACCACGAGGGGUCGCCGCUCAAGGCCGCCAAGAAUCUGACGCCCGUGCUAGUGGGUUUGCCGACGGGAGGGGCGGGACAGCAUCUAGCGAUGGGGGCGGGGCAGCUGACCACGCCCCCUUCGCCGCCCAGUCGGCCGGAUUCCAGGGGUAACGGGCACAGUUCGGGAGGAAGUACCACAAUUUCUGCGACUUCGAGUCCAGGUCCCGUAGAAUUGAACGAAGAUAGCAAUCCAGGUCUAUCUAGCGUCAAAGAGGAAGAAGAAUCUAAACCCCCUCUCGAAAUGAGCCCUAGGAAAAAACCAAGAAAACAACAGCUCACCGGCAACGACAUGGACGAACUCGACGAAGAAAUGCAGUUCAUCAGCGACAACCCGUCGGCCUCCAAAAAGGACAAGGACAAAGACAAGGACGACGACUCCGACGCCGACAACCAAUCGGACGAGCCGAAAGACGGGGCGCCCGAGGCUUCCGGUAGUGCGGUGACGACGGUUCGGAAACCCGUGUCGGCCAGCUUGCUCAACGGGUAUCGGCAACACUGGAAGGCGACGCACAACCACUAUUUGCGGCACUCGGACGUGAAGCCGAAAGAGGAGCGCCGACCCUCGAUCAUGGACCUGGCAAAUCAGUGCAGGGUGCAGGAGAAAGUGAACGGGUGGAAGGUGCACCAUCUGUCAACGCAGAUGGAGGAUUUGGCUGAACAAGAACAAACUGUUUAUGACCAAUUGACAGGCUUGCUGAAGUGUACAGAAUCCGAAAUGGGCAGCAAGCAUUUUGACAAGGAGCUGAAUAGAAUCAACGAUCUCAUCAAAGGCAAUCUCCAGAGGAUUAAGAUUAUCAAUGACGGCAUGCUCGAGGCUAAGACUUCGAUAAUGAAAAUUUUCGAUCAUAAAGUGUAUGUUACCGAUAUCAUCAACCGAUGUGCCAGUAAGCGAAGUUUCAAAAAGCGAGAGAAAAGCUAA